UUUCGUUGUCUUCUUCUUCUUCCAAAUAAAUGGAAGCGUCUCUCUCUUUCUCUCUGUGUGGAUAAUUGUCAUGGUUUGAUUCUCUCGAUUCCACGUUUUGUCGCUCAAUCUGCGAUUCCGGCACUUGUUUCGCUCGCUGAUUUUCUCCCUAAACUAACACAAUUGCAUUCAUUAGCUUCUUCUUUCUUCCAUUCAUUCUUUCGAUGGAUGAUCACUCUCUGUAUCUCCUUUAUAAUCCUUUCUAGUGUCGUUUAUUACUUCUCCUUCUCUACGAACAACGACCUAUAUUUUUACAGCAUUUUCGACCAAUUAUGGCUCCGAUUCAACGACUACUACUGGAAUCAGCGGCGGCGGUCUCUUCACCUUCGACUCCAUUGGCUGAAAUUUCUGUUACAGAUGCUCGCCUCUUUUCUAAUCUCAGAGGAAUUCGUUGGCGCAUAGAUUUGGGGAUUUUGCCCUCCACAUCAUCUAUUCAUCAUCUCCGCCUCACCACCGCAGAUUCUCGACGGAGGUAUGCUCGUUUAAGGCGACAACUUUUAGUAGUAGUUCAUCCACAUGAACGCAGAAAUAACUCUCCUGAACCUGUUAUCGACAACCCCUUAUCACAAAAUCCAGUGAGGCUCAAUAGCGCGGUUUUACUUGCAGAUAGUAAAUGGGGUCAAUUUUUCCAAACUGCUGAACUCGAGAGAACGCUGGACCAAGAUCUGUCUUGUCUGUGUAAUGAAGAACAAACCAGUUAUUUCCAGACUGCAGGAUGCCAAAGCUUGCUAAGAAGAAUACUAUUGUUGUGGUGUCUUGAGCAUCCAGAGUGUGGCUAUAGACAAGGAAUGCUUGAACUCUUGGUUCCAUUGUUGUACGUUUUGCAAGCGGAUCGUGAUCAUCUUUCCAAAACUCGAAAAUAUUAUGAAGAUCAGUUCACGACAGAUAACUUCAACAGCUGCAAGUUUGAUCAAGAUUUUACAGAUGAAUCUAAAGAAUUUCCUACAUGGAAGGUUAGAAGCUACGACGAACUGGAUCAUACAGCACAAGAAAUUGUGUCACUAACAGAUGCUUACGGUACAGAGGGCGAACUAGGAGUGGUAAUAUCGUCCGAGAAGUAUCUCGAACACGACGCAUAUUCUAUGUUCGAUGCUUUAAUGAAUACGACAAUAGAUUUCUUUUUACCUUCAGUGGUUGAAUCUUGUUCGGUUUGGUAUCGGUUACUUUCAGUUGUUGAUCCAACUCUCUUUACUCACCUCGUUGAGCUUCGGGUAGAGCCUCAGUACUUUGCGUUGCGCUGGUUACGGGUCUUGUUUGGUCGCGAAUUCUCGCUAAACAAUCUCUUGAUAAUCUGGGACAAUAUAUUUCAACGUGAUCACAACCGUAAGCUUGAUAAUGAUCAGUUGUUUGGUUCGUCGAGGGGAGUGUUUAUUUCGGCUUUUGCAGUUUCGAUGAUUAUUUAUCUUAGACCGUCGUUGCUUGCUUCGGAGAAUACGACUUCUUGUCUACAGAAGUUGUUGAAUUUUCCUAAUGAUGUUAUGAGUAUUGGAAAAUUGUUGGACACUGCUAAAUCUUUGUCGGUUUUGGCCUUGGAUCGAUGUUUAAACUCAACGGUUUUGGACCCAUUUUGUGUAGAUUUAUCGGGAUGUGUUUCUCCUACUAGUCCACUUUCUUUAGAAACCGAUAGCUAUUGGGAAGGGAGAUGGAAGAUUCUCAACGACGAAGAGGAAGAAGAAAAGAGUGGCUUUGAGACUACGAAAAUACCCAUUAAGAAUGAUGACAAAUUGGAAGGAAGUAAUAAUGCUAAAGAAAGGAAACCGCUCUUAUGGGGUAAAUUUCAAUGGUUAUUGAAACUCGGAAAGAAUACCUCAAAGGUUUUGUCUUCUAACCAAGGUGACACAAUGGAAAAUAUUAGACAAAGUAUGCUCCAACACAUUCAGGUGAUUGAAUCGUGUUUAGAGGAAGAACCAUGCCAAGGAUCUUCUCUUUCUGAAAGAGAACAUAUUGCAGUCAUGGAAGCUCUCAAGGCUCUUCGAAAAAGUAGCAACCUUUUAUCGGUGAUAAGAGACAAUAAUUUUCUUUCUUAAAUGUAAAUAUUGGAUUCACACACACUUAAGGAAUUAUAAUGUUAGAUUAAGUAAUUGAGAGUGAACAAACAUGUACUUAGUACAUAGUCUAACGAAGGGAACAUAAUACGUAGUUGAUCUGUGUGG